CUUCUUCCUCAACGCUUCAUUAUGUCAUUAUUGACAGCGUCACGCCCCGACAGCUCAGCAUCGGCCUGGAGGGGGGUUACGGUAGGACUCUUUGUAUUUGUCUAAUUUUCUUACGGUCGGAAUUUCCUCGCGAACCAACCAUGAAACCGUUUGUCCCUUCGGAACGAUGGCGCAGUCUGUUACGGGCCCUCCUCCGCGAAUGCUCCUAUCUCCCGGACCCUGUGGCUCGAAAGUACAUGCACGAGAUGGUUCUUCAACGAUAUCGACAUCAUGCUGAACCGAAAUCCAAGCUCAAGCUACUUCUAGAUCCGCCACGCCAGGUGGCGCUCGAGAGAGCAACCAAACAAAGGCUGUCGUUUCUGAAACGUGCCAACGAAGGAUACACAAAACCGCUUGAAAAGGUGCUUUUCAUGUCGUAUGGGCGAACAGGGAAACGGAGGUGGGAACUUGUGACCGCGUUUUUGACACCCGACACGCCCGUCGACACGAUGGCUGUGAAGGAGGUCAUCAAUCAACCGGGGAUGUUUGAUGAUGGCUGGGCGCCCCCACCGAUCCUGGUCGGGCUACUCCGGUCGCAGUUGAAUAGCCAGCAUGUGGCACAGGUCAGUCCCAGACUGCAGAUCAAAGAUCUGAGGCCUGUUAUACCGAAGCAAAAUGUCUGGGGCAGGCCCCUGGCUUGGUCUCGGAAGAGGAACAUCCGGAAACGAUGGUACCAGGGCGCGCUUGAUAGCGUUCUACCGCCGCUUCCCGAAUCCGAUCUGGAUGUGUUGAAAGGUCUGGUCACUGGGACAUCACAGUGGGCGCCGCCGGUCAAACGGAAGAAACAAAUAGAAGAAGACAAAGACAAUCCGGGCCCUUCCGCCGGGGGAAUCCUCAGCCCCCAAUUCCUGGUGGAUGGACCCCAAAAGGGGCCAACCUUUGGGAAGUACGUCGAUGGGCGUCCGCAUCAAAUCACGCGUCGGUUCAUGCAGCGGUUAUGGCGGCGGGUAUACAGCCUGGUUCCUGACAUAACGCUGCAUCCCAAGACGAAUCGACCUAUCUUCAAUUGGCACUUAUUUGACGAAAAGCCGAAUUUGGCCAUAACAUUGGGCGAUGGGUUUGAUCCCGGGUUGUUUGAGAAUGCCGGGGGUGAGAAGGAGUCUUCACCGUCAGUUCAAGGGUACCAACGGCCUACAUAAAAUCAUAAUCAUAGCUUGUUCUUGAUCGCUCUCAUCAAGUCUCUGAACCAACACUAGUAUACUCCGUACUAAGUAUAGCACCUAGUGGGUAGGUGUUUAGAAUUCUCGCUACUAUUGUCCAUAGAUAAUAAUAUGUUUAUUAGCACUACGAGUAGAGUUCUUAUAGCGUCACUCGCAGGAAGCCGAAAA